AUGCCGACUCUGAUCGAGCUAAUGAAGGACCCCAGUGUGGUGGUGAGGGACACCACGGCGUGGACGGUGGGGAGGAUCUGUGAGCUGCUACCUGAAGCCGCCAUCAAUGAGGUGUACCUGGCCCCCCUGCUGCAGUGUCUGAUCGAAGGCCUGGGGGCGGAGCCAAGAGUGGCCUCCAACGUGUGCUGGGCCUUCUCGUCUCUGGCUGAAGCAGCUUAUGAAGCCACAGACGCUGCAGAGGACCAGGAGGAGCCCAGCACCUACUGUCUGUCCUCGUCCUUCGAAAUCAUCGUCCAGAAACUCCUCGAGACCACAGACAGACCUGACGGUCACCAGAACAACCUGCGCUCUGCAGCCUACGAGGCUCUGAUGGAGAUCGUGAAGAACAGUGCAAAGGACUGUUACCCUGCAGUCCAGAAGACCACACUGGUCAUCAUGGAGAGACUGCAGCAGGUCCUACAGAUGGAGUCUCACAUUCAGAGCACCUCAGACAGAAUCCAGUUCAACGACCUGCAGUCGCUGCUGUGUGCCACUCUACAGAACGUCCUGCGUAAAGUGCAGCAUCAGGACGCCCUGCAGAUCUCAGACGUGGUGAUGGCGUCUCUGCUGCGGAUGUUUCAGAGCACCGCCGGCUCCGGGGGCGUCCAGGAAGACGCUCUGAUGGCCGUGUCCACGCUGGUGGAAG